AUGUGUGUACCGUUAGAGGGUGAUAUGACAAGGCGUGUACCGUUAGAGGGUGAUAUGACAAGGAGUGUACCGUUAGAGGGUGAUAUGACAAGGUGUGUACCGUUAGAGGGUGAUAUGGAAAGGUGUGUACCGUUAGAGGGUGAUAUGACAAGGAGUGUACCUUUAGAGGGUGAUAUGGAAAGGUGUGUACCGUUAGAGGGUGAUAUGACAAGGUGUGUACCGUUAGAGGGUGAUAUGGAAAGGUGUGUACCGUUAGAGGGUGAUAUGACGAUGCGUGUACCGUUAGAGGGUGAUAUGACAAUGUGUGUACCGUUAGAGGGUGAUAUGACGAGGCGUGUACCGUUAGAGGGUGAUAUGACAAUGUGUGUAACGUACGAGGGUGAUAUGACAAGCCGUGUGACGUUAGAGGGUGAUAUGAUAAGGCGUGUGACGUUAGAGGGUGAUAUGAUAUGGCGUGUAACGUUAGAGGGUGAUAUGACAAGGCAUGUACCGUUAGAGGGUGAUAUGACAAGGCGUGUAUACCGUUAG